GUGCAUGACUUUUCCCUCCCUGGUUUAAACAUUUUUUGGCUCUCUUAGUUGGAAACAUUUCCAUGCAUUUAUUUGGAAAUACUUAUACGCAAGUACAAAGAGGCUUGAAGCCCUCUGUACAGAUAUGCUGCCCUUCUGUGACUCUGUCAGACAUGCAGCCCCCACAAGCUGGAGUCAGCGGAGCAUGGCAGAGUCUCAACCUGCAGGUUUCUUCGCCGUAACAGAGAAAAUGAGAAGCUGCUAUGCAAAGUUUCUGCACAUGAUGACUGCUGCCGAAAUAUGCCACCCACUUUCAUCUUCAGUUCUCUGAGCCUGACGCCCGGUUCUGACCCAGCCUCGGAUCUAUCAGCUGUUUGCUCAAAAGUUCGGCAGAGAUCCCAUGGCUCUUUUACGCAAAUACAUCUGGGUGAUGGUGAUACUGGGGAUGGUUUUUGUGUCGCUGGUGAUCAGCCUCAUCUUCAUCCUCAUCAAUAAGUGUAUUUCCAGAAAAGCAGGCAAACAUCGCAUUUUACAGCUUCAGGAAAGAUCUGACGUCAAAAUCGAGAGCAACAAAUAUCAGCUGACACAAUCUGGCACAGACACACCUCCUCUUCCUCCUCGGACACAGUUUCUCAUAGCAGAGGCCCUAAGCUAUGAGAACCUGGCUGAGGAAUGUGAGCAUGACGACCAGAGUGACCACGACUACGAGGAGGCCCUGGACCAGAUGCUCGACUGCGUGAAGGUGCAGGAUAAUCUGCUCUACAAUCAUCCAAACACAAACUCUGGAGUUUCAGUCGCCCAGAGCUACGAGAACCUGGCUGAGGAGAACGACUACGAGGAGAGCGUGGAUCCACUGCCGGACUAUGUCAAAGUGGAGGAUGAAACCGAGAUUCUUCCCCCUCCUCUCUGCGAUUUGGAUCCAAAUAUGAAUUGCAAUGGUUCUUUGGGUCAGAGUUACGAAAAUCUGGCCGAUGAGAAUGAGUACGAGGAGAGCAUGGAGCAGCAGUUGGACUAUGCGAAGGUGGAGGAUGAGUUCACUCCUCAUCAGAACGACGAAGCGAGGGACAACGCCUCCACUGCGUCCACCGAGGACUAUGACGACAUCGGAGGAGAAGAUGAGGAAGACUAUGAUGAUAUUGGAUAAGAUCAAUAUUUAAAAAAAAGGACAAAGACUUUUUUCUCCAACCUUCCUGCUGAGCAGAGCUUUCACAGAUUUCUUUUGUUUCGCCGUCUUUAAUUAUUAUUCACAUGUUUUUAAAAGCAGAACAGCUGGAGAUAACGGUUUGCUUUUUGGACAUUCAGUUCUACUUUUUGAUUCCUACACAACUUAUUUACUGAUCAUUUCUAGAUUUGUUUAUAGCUGUUUUUCAACCUUUUUGAUUUAAAACCUUGUGAACUGUUUUAAAAAAAAAAAAAAAAAAAACGUGUAAUUUUAUGUUUGUAAGUUGUACAGCAUCGCAUAAAUGUGAUUGUGUUUACAGUGGGCUAAUUUUUGUCUGCCACGAUUUGCGGUUGAAGAGGUGAGGAUGGAAGCCGAGGACCCAGGUGUGGUGCAAUAAUGAUGAUUUUUAAUAAAAGUCCAAACGAACAGAACAGAAUCCAGGCAGCACAGGUGAGCAGUAAGGCUAAGAGCUCAGACACUGGUAGCGACUGGCUACACAGGUGGAGACAAAGACAAAGACAAGGACCUGGCAGGGAGCAAGAGACACAGGCGGGUAUAAAUACACAAGAAA